UUCAAGAUCAGUAGCAGUUUUAAACGCGAGCACAACACUUGGACUUAUUCUAAAAUACGGAAUCUAGCUUUAAAACUGCGAUUUGAAAUUAAAUAAAAAUAAAAACAACAACAAAAAAGAAGAAAACUUAUCUUUAAAUAUAUAAUAAAUUGGACUUUUAAAAGAUAAUCAGACAACAACUGCAACAAAAAACCACGAUCUUUGAAAAAGUUUAUAUAAAAUAUAAAAUGAAUUAUUAAAAGCGUAAAGUGAAAUUAAAACAAAAUAUAAAUUUUCAAAACAGUUUUAAAACUUAAACAACAAAGUUUAACGAUAAAAUAAAAUAUGAAGCGCUUCAAGUGCUCAGUAUUAGUGUAUCUAUUUCUGCUAUUCCCGGCUUCGCAAAAUGCUUUCAAUAUUAUCGGUUUAAAUAAGCAAAUGCUGUAUGAAUAUGUGGGCAGUGUACAAGUGGGUGCCAAAGCGCCACAGGAAGAAGAAUUACCAGCGCCACCUACAACCGGUUGGAUUGUACGCGGAAAAUUGACAUUGCAACGCCAAAAUAAUAACACUUUGGCGGCAGCGCUUGUCAUUGACGAUGUAACGCUCAACAAUUCGGGAGAGAAAUUUCUCCAAAACAAGGACAUGUAUCCUGCCUAUAAACCCUUUAAAAUAGCUUUAAAUCCCGAUGGCACCAUUUCGCAUUUGGUAUUCAAAGAAACGGAUCCCAUAUGGUCGACCAACUUUAAAAGAGCCAUUGCCUCAAUGAUACAAUUUCAGACUAAGAAAACGGGAGCAUUUGUGGUGGAUGAGAUGGGCAUUCAUGGCGAAUGUUUAACGGAGUAUUUCAUAUCCAACAAAACCAAUUAUAUAUCCAUACGAAAAACACCGGAAUUGAGUUCGUGCAAACCCUAUGCCGAAUCCAUACACGUGACACGCAGCAAUGUACCCACAAAUACUUGUAAAUUUGAUUUUCAACAGAAUGUUAUAAGUGGCAAUGAGGCCAUAUUUGGUAUGUUGCCUCAUGCCGAAACGGGAUAUUUUUUGAGUAUGGCCCAUGUUAAGGGAUCCUCGCUAGUACACACCUUUGAGAGCACAGGAGAAGCACAAUUUAUAAACUCAGAAUUGCUGUUAAACUUUUUAAACGAAACCUCCAUUGACAAUCCCAUUGAUGUAGAAACUUCCAUGGCUGAUGAAGUUUCUGGAUUGCAGUUAUUGCCAGUUGAAUUAAAUGAUCCCACUGGCGGACGUUUUCCUCAACAACAAGAGAAUCUUAUAAGUUCUGCCUCCCGCCUUCUAGACAGUUUAGCUGAGGGUUUGGAAAAUUCUAAUUAUAAAUUUAGUGAACCCUACGAUUCAACGGUAUCAGAUGUAAUUAAACUAUUAACCGAAAUGGACUAUGAAUCGCUUAAGAAAUUGUAUACAGAAGUUGAUAUUGGCACCUCGUACAGACAGGAAACUAUACGCAAUAUAUUCCAUGAAAUCAUACCCAGAAUUGGUACCAAAGCCUCAGUGUUUUUGACACGAUAUUUGGUGGUUGAGAAGAAAGAAGUCAAAUCCACCAUUGCCGUACAACUGAUCGUCUCUAUGCCUUUUCAUAUCUUUGAAUUGUCUCAUGAUUUGAUUAAGGGCUGUGAGGAUUUCUUAAAUCUCGGUCCCGAAAGACCCGAUGUUAUGCAGGCGGCUGUUUUAAGUUUUGCCACAUUGGUGUAUAAUGUCCAUAUUGCGGGUGGCAUUAAUAAGGAUAUUUUUGAGGAUUAUGUGCAGAAAUAUUUCAAUUUGUAUUUGGAUUCUCGUGACUAUGACAGCAAGAUGUUGUAUUUACAGGGUCUUAGUAAUUUGCAAGUUGGUAAUGUGGCCAAUUAUUUGGAUCCUAUUGUUAGCAAUGGAGAAGAGAAUCAAGAUAUUAAGUUUUUGGCUGCCUGGACUACAUUAUCGUUGGCUGCGGAUCGUGCGGAAAGGAUCUAUGAAAUCUAUUGGCCCAUAUUUGAAUCCCGCAAUGCCAGUUUGGAACUGCGAGUUGCGGCAGUAACUUUACUAUUGAUCUCGAAUCCCACAGCUGCUCGCCUUAUAAGUAUUCAUCGCAUCAUACAAAGUGAAACCGAUCCUCAUAUGAUUAAUUACUAUAGAACCACGAUCACUAGCAUAUCUGAGACUACAUAUCCCUGUUAUCAAAAUUUGAGACGUUUACUAUCCUACAUGCAUCGUCAUUUACCGCAGAAACCUGAACCUCGUUAUUGGGUAACCGGUAACUACAUUUUCGAUUAUCGUGAUUCGAAAUUUGGUAUAGGUGCCAUGUUACAGGCCUUGUUGGUGGGUGAUCCGAAAUCGGAUUUGCCCGUAGUGGCCUAUUUGCAAUUUGAUACAGAAGCUUUGGGUAAAUUUACCGGACAAUUGGCGCUGUAUAUUAAAGCUCGAGGUUUGCCGGAUACCAUGUUCAAAACUCUAAUGAAAACCAAUGGUGACCCCAAGAAAUAUAUAAAUAUACAAAGUCUAUUGAAGUUAUUAGAUGCCCCCAUAAUUGAUACGAAACCUUUGCAUUUGGAAUUCAUUUUAAAAAUGGAGGGUAAAGCGGUAUUAUCCUACUAUUUAAAUGAGCGCACCUAUCAAAAAAUCACCUACAAAGAUUUAAUCGAUCGCAUUGCCUUCCUUAUACGAGCCGAUAGUCAUAUAAACAUGCAGACUGUUAGGUGGCCCUUUAUGACCAAAUAUGCUGUGCCCACGGUGUUGGGCACCAAUGCUGAUGUCUUGCUACAAACUACAGUACUCACCUCUUUGCGCGGCAAUAUUACCCAAUUCCAUCAUCCCAAUGUUAUGAAAUCAUCUUUGGAAAUUGAUGCUCGUUAUUCUUCGUAUGCUUCCUGUCGUAGUCGCAGUUAUAAUCCUUUCCUUAAUUUAGAUCAUGAAAUUAAUCGUGAACAGGGCUUUUUGAUUUAUGUGCCUCUUUACUUGAGUUUGAAUUAUUAUGCUGGAGUUUGUUGGGAAUAUGCCUUUAAUCGGCCGGCCAAUCUUACCAGUGGUUUUUCGUUCAAGUCCAGAUCAGUUACUACAACUAGAGGAUUGAUAACAAAAUCGGCUAAUGAACCAUUUGAGGAGGUCAUGCAUCCCGAGAGGCAUCAUGAUGUGGUGCAAUUAUUCAAAUACGAUAUGGAAGAUUUGGGCAUGUCUGUGAUUAUAAAUACCAACUUAAAUGAGCUUAACAAAUAUCGGGGCAUGUUAUUGAAAUCGGAAUUUAUGGAAAAUGGCUUCUCUCGAAAUAUGAUAAUUAAUUUCCUGAUGUAUGUAUUUGGUGUGGCUCAAUUAAGCUCUAUACAUUUGGGUCAUGAUCGUAAUUUCACUCUAUUAGUAUCUAAUGAGAAAUUAACAAAGAUUGAGGGCGCCAUUUGCAGCACAGAAGAAUUGAAAUCUCAUGACAGCAUUAACCGUAACGUUAACUUUACUCUCAUGCAUACCGAUGAUCAAAAUGAUGAACAAAAUCUUCAUAAAUGGAUUAUUAAUAUGGACAUACAAUCAUCGAAAAAGACCAGUUGGUUUAAUUUGGCCGGUAAUGUGCAGCGUACAGCUGCGGAGACCCCUGAAACGCCACAAACUGAUUGGAAGGCCUGCGUGAAUGUAACUUUUGCUCCAUUGGUGUUUACCAAACGACCACAUACACUCAUGGGUACCGUGAUAUUUGGCAACGCUUCCACAGACCACGAGUGCCCGGCAAAUGGUUCGAGCAUACAAUUCAGUAGUAGAGCAGGGCCUUCGGAUCAUGCCCGUGAAUUCCUGCUGUCCGAUAAUCCUUUAACUGAUACCGGCUUUUGUCCCAAAGAAGUAUUGAAAUUCUCACCCAUACCAACGUCGAAAUAUUGCAAGAGAAGCAAUUUCGAAAAUUUCACAUCGAUAACUAAAUAUGAUAUGGAUGUGCAAUUUGAUAAUAUGCCUGAAUGGUACGAUUUCUGGUCAUCACGUUUGGAUCAUUUUGUUUCCUCCUUCUCCGACCAAAAAGUCGAACGUUUGAAUAUGAACAAAGAAAUUCAUGUGUCGAUAAAUGCGCCCAACGAUUAUUUCUGGCUGACAGUUGAGGUGAAUGGUGUGAGACGUCGUAUCUAUCAUAUACCAUUUAUACAGAAAUUAGAUUCCAAAUACGAUGCCUCACAUGAAAUAUCCUAUGAUUCGGGAGUUAAACGUUCUUGCUCCGUUAUCAAUGGCAUGGUCAAUAGUUUCGAUGACUAUUUAAUUGAUUUGUCUGACUAUCAUAAAGUUACCAAAGCGGACAACUGUUUAACUCUUCUGGCGGCCGAUUGUAGUCCUUUGCGGGAAAUGGCCGUUUUCCUAAUGCCCUCCACCGAAAAUAGCCUUAGUUCUAAUUACGGUUUGCGAGUGUAUAUAGGCGAGAAUUUCUUUACAUUCAAAUCAUCGAAUAGUACGGAUGACAAGGCACCGGUGAAUAUCAUAUUGAAUAAGAAUGAAAAAAUUGUGGAUGUACGAAAUCAACCAUAUCAAUAUCCGGAAGAAAGUAACAAUUAUGAUUUUAGAAUCGAAGUCAAUGAACAGAAUAUUUUAAUUGUGGAAAAUACUUUAAUGCAUUCGACCAUACAAUUUGAUAUGUUGAAUAUUUUUAAUUUUGAAAUUUAUUCCGUUUACAAGAAUAAAAUGUGCGGUUUAUGCAGUAAACCCUUGAAUAGUAUGCGCAAUUUUACAUUGUGCGAAUAAAAACAGAACAAUAAAUAAAAAAUAAAAAAAAGCAAAACCAAAACCAAAAAAAAAACCUGUAUGUAAGAAUAAUGAGAAAUUAAAUACAACAACUACUACUACUACUACAAUUAUUAAAUUUAAAAUAUAAAUAAGAAAACUAAUAAUAAUAGUAAUAACAUAAACAAAAACUAAACGUUCCAUAAAGAAUUUUAAAAAUUUAAAUAAUGAAAAUACUUAUACAUAUAUUUUUUUGUGUUUAGAAAUAAAGUGUGGCAUUUUAGCAUACAAUUUAAAACAGAA